AUGGCACCAAAGGAAACCAUUCUCAAUGAUUUUAAUGGCCGUGUUUCAUGGAAAUCCACCGGUCCUAGCUUGGCAAAGAUAAAGGAGAGGUUUACUCACCAUGAUCUUUUGGAUAGGGCUUUGCAGACCCAAUUCAAGUCUAUAUUCCAAGCCCCGACAUUAUUAUUUUCAGGAACCAUACUCCAUCAGAUGCUUAUCAGAAAAGUCAGUUCAAAUUCGAAGGAGAUAAGGUUCAUGGUCAAAGGUAAGGAGGUCUGCUGGGGCAUGAAGGAUUAUGCAUUGGUGACAGGCCUCAACUUUGGCAGAUUUCCGUUGGUGGAGGAGGUUGAAGAAUGUCCACCCCUUGUCCUCAAAUAUUUUAAGGGUAAAAAGGAUGUUAAACUGAAAGAGCUUGAAGACCUUUUCGUCGGAUGCUCUGAUAAGGAGGAUUCAUGGAAGAUGGGGCUCAUAUUUCUCAUUUACCAGUAUCUGUUCGCAUCUGAUAACAGGAGGAAGAUAAGUUUAAGAAUCUUUCACAUGGUGGAAGACAUGGAGAUGUUCCUCCAAUUUCCAUGGGGAAAGGUGUCCUUCAGAGCUACCCUGCAGGGUAUUGACAAAGAUAUCAAAUACCUCCGUGGAUUAUAUCUCUCGAAGAAGAAAAACUGGAACAAGAAAGGCGUAUGUGAUGUCGCUUAUACUAUACAUGGGUUCGCACUAGCAUUCCAAGUGUGGACCUAUGAGCUUAUCGAUACAUUCGUCCCCAAUUUUGCUGAAAAGACACCGGAAGAUGAUCUUACAAGCCCAAGGAUAGUGCUCUAUAAAUCUUUUAGGAGUUAUACCGGACCUGAGGUAUCUACAGCCAUCCAGGAGUGCACUGUUCGAAGAAGAAUUCAUGAGUCUGCGGAGGAGAAGCGGAUGUACUCUGGGGACGACUUUGAAGAUAUGACAAACAACAUUUAUGAUGAAUUCUUUGGAUGUGAUACGAGGAAGAGAAAGAUUGAGGUUUUUGAAGAAGAAGAAAAACAUGAAAGGACUCCCAAACCGCCGACCAAGAAGAGUAGACAUAUUAGUCCCAAGGUCCCUGAAGUUAGUGGUGAAACUAGCCAAGAAAGCUCCUCUCAUUCAAUCCCUUCUGCGACGACUCCUAUUCCAACUGUGUCUACAUCUUGUGCACCAAAUCGAGUGUCUCAAGACUUAACUGCCAAACUUGAUGUGCUGACAAAUGUUGUGAAUGAGAUUAAAAAGGAUGUGAAUGAGAUUAAAAGUGAAAUCAAGCUCAUGAAGGACAAUCAACAACUUAUAAUCACAUUAUUGGGGCAAAGAAAUGAACAAAAGAAUGGUGGAGGAGAAGAAAAAGAAGAGGCAGUUACAGCUGCAAUUGAUACUCAGAAGAGGACGACAAAGAGAAAGAAUAAUAAUCUUGUUGAGAAUAGAACGAAGAGGAAGAAUGAUGAUGUUGAUAAUGAGAAUAGGACGAAGAGGAAGAAUGAUGAGUUGAUGAACUCUAAGAGGAAGAAGACUGAGGAUGAUGAUGAGAUUACAAGAAAGAGGAAUGAGAGGAAGGAGAGGCGAGAGAGGCUGGCGAUUUUAUCAAAGAAGAGGAUUGCUGAUGAGUUGGACAAGAAGAGGAAUGCUGAGAAGUUGGCCAAGAAGAGGAAGGCUGAGAAGAGGAAAUCGAAAAAGAACGAUGAGGAGGAGGAGGACGAGUACGAGGACGAGGAGACUAAGGAGGAGGAGACUUUGGAGAAGGACGAGGAGACUGAGGAGGAGGACGAGGAGACUGAGGAGAUAGAUGAAAUCUGUCAUCUACUGAAACGAAGGGUUGAGGAGUUCCCUAAGACAUAUCCAAGAAAUUUCUCAAUUGCUGACUCCAAUUUAUCUCAGAAGAUGAGUAAUCGCUAUGAAGUGUUCACCCCGAAUCCUGCAGGCUACGAAUUCGACGAUCUCAUGGAAUACGUAAUUGGUGAAGGAAGUAAUCCUUGGAAUAUUGUUGAUAUGAUAUACGUACCCUUGAACAUAAAGCAGAAGCACUGGGUCCUGUGCAAGAUUCAUCUUCAAGAUUGGUGCAUAUAUGUAUAUGACUGCGAACAGAAUAUGUUCCCAAAGGAUGAAUAUGACACAUUCUUGGAACCAAUGUGUGUAAUGGUGCCGUACUUGCUUGAACAGGGGUUCAGCACGAGCGAUAAACAAAGGUUUCCACAGAUCAAAUUGGAUGCGAUGCCAUAUUCCAUAAUACCACACCCAAUAGUCCCAAAGACAACCAAAAGUGGGGACUGUGGGGUUUUUACUAUUAUGCAUUUGGAAUACCUUACUGCCUCAUUGGAUAUAUCAAAUGUGGUCACUGAAAAUAUGAAUUUUUGGAGAAACAAAUGGGCAGUAAGGUUAUUCCAUCAAAUUGUAGACCCUUGA